ACAUGCUCAUAUAUAGCCCGAAUGUCGUGCUCUCCUAUUGUUAAAUCGACAAAAGAAACAUUUCUGACAGUUUACCCCUAACGUUUCAACCGACGUAGACCGGAUUUAUUUGUAUUAUGGACUUUGUCACAUUCGAAGAACAAUACUUUAGAAUUACGAAAAGGUUCAGCCAAUGGGCAGGGAUAUGGCCUGAUCAAAAUAAACGUGUAAAGUGUAUAGCGUGGAUCCUUAUUUACAUCGAAAUUGUGUCGAUGAUGUUUGUUCAGAUAGCGAGAAUCGUGCACUUUAAGAAUAUGGACGUUUUCUUAGACAAUCUCACGCUACUAUCAGCGGAUAUUACAUUAUUCAUUAAACAUGGAAAUUAUAUUCUCAAUGCAACAGAGUUCAAGUGGCUCUUAAAGGGCAUGUAUCAAGACUGGACUGUUAAUCGAUCAGACCACGAAAUCGCCAUUAUGACGAAAUAUGUGAAAAGGGGUGCUUUGCUUACGAUGUUUUAUUUAGCGAACGCAGUCGUCUGUACUAUCCUGUUCCUGCAAGUACCAUGGACAGUGCGUCUCAUAGCAAAGCUGAAAUCUUAUAACACGACGCCGAUGAUAUAUAUUGUACCGAGCUACUAUUUUGUCGACGAAGCCGACAUUUUUUACUUUGCUCAAGUGCAUGGCAGCCUGGCUAUAAUAACUGUGCUCAUCGUGUACGGAGCUUGCGACACGAUUUUCACGAUCAUCGUACAACACGCUUGCGGAUUAUUGGCUGUAGCUGGAUAUCGAUUCAAACACAUCGAGCCCUAUUCAUUCAACGCUGCUAACACUUUGGAAGAACAGAUGGAACAUAAUAAAAGAGUACACUUUUCCAUACGAGCACAACAGCGAGCUAUAAAGUAUGUCCAGGAAAUAGAAAAUGCACACACUACAUAUCUUUUCUUAUGCAUAGGCGUAGCGGUUUGCUGCUUUAGUGUUACAUUGGUACAGUUGGCCACUAUGGAGGUCAGCGUGGAGUUUUACAAAAUCCUCAGCUUUUUGUUCGUGCAGUUAAUGCAUCUAUUUUACCUAACGAUUCAAGGCCAGUUCGUGGAAAAUGUUUGUGAUAAUCUUUACAGUAGCAUAUACGAAGGAUUGUGGUAUAACACAAACGCGAAAACACAAUUACUGUAUGUCUUAGCGUUACGGAGGAUGUUAAUACCUCCUCGUUUGACAGCCGGCGGAUUGCUAAAUAUGAAUAUGCAAAGCUUUUCAGAAGUAAAGUGUGAUACUACCUAUACGAAGUGGAUUCUGUUUUCGUAAUAUAUUUAUUUAAUAGAGA